AUGGCUGCAUCUUUCUUCUUCCUCCUCCUUGUUUUGUUGUUCUUUAUUAGUUUCAAUGCUCAAGCCCUAGCCAAAAAGGAUCAUUCAUUACUCCUUGGGUUAUCCCAUUCUAGGGUUUCCAUCCCCAUUCCCAAAAACGCCAAAAUUUUGACGAGAAAAACCUCACAAGUGUUGGACAUAAUGGAGCCUUUGAGGGAAGUGAGAGAUGGGUACUUGAUUUCACUGAAUAUUGGGACCCCACCGCAAGUGAUUCAAGUUUAUAUGGAUACUGGCAGCGAUCUCACUUGGGUUCCUUGUGGAAAUCUCUCUUUUGAUUGCAUGGAUUGUGAUGAUUAUAGGAACAAUAAGUUAUCCAAUUUCUCUCCUUCCCGUUCUUCUUCUUCCUAUAGAGACCUUUGUGGUAGCUCCUUUUGUCUUGACAUUCAUAGCUCUGAUAACUCCUUUGAUCCUUGUACUGUUGCUGGCUGUUCUUUGAGCACUCUUCUCAAAUCUACUUGCCCUAGGCCUUGCCCUUCUUUCGCUUACACUUAUGGCGAAGGUGGUCUUGUCACCGGAACCCUAACCAGAGACACCCUCAGGGUUCAUGGAACCGGCACCGGAAAUGUUAUCAGGGACAUCCCGAGGUUUUGUUUCGGUUGUGUCGGGUCAACAUAUCGUGAGCCUAUUGGCAUUGCGGGGUUCGGCAAGGGCUUCCUUUCGCUUCCUUCUCAAUUAGGGUUUCUCCAUACGGGUUUUUCCCAUUGUUUCUUGGGAUUCAAGUAUGCAAAUAACCCUAACAUUUCAAGUCCAUUGAUCUUGGGAGAUGAUGCCAUUUCUGCCCAAGAAAAUCUCCAAUUCACCCCAAUGUUGCAGAGUCCAAUGUAUCCAAAUUACUAUUACAUUGGCCUGGAGGCCAUUUCUGUGGGAAAUUCUAGUCUAGCUCAAGUGCCAUUGAGCUUAAGGGAUUUCGACUCAAGUGGCAAUGGAGGAUUUUUGAUUGAUUCAGGAACAACAUACACUCAUUUGCCUGAACCUUUCUACUCGCAGCUCCUCUCCCUUCUUCAAUCUCAGGUAACUUAUCCCCGAGCGACGGAGGUCGAAGAAAGAACUGGGUUCGAUCUUUGUUACCGAGUUCCAUGUCCCAACAAUACGUUGGCUGAUGUUGAUUUUCUUUUUCCUUCAAUCACCUUCCAUUUUCUGAACAAUGUGAGCCUGGUUUUGCCUCAAGGGAACCAUUUUUAUGCGAUGAGUGCGCCGAGUAAUUCCUCCGCUGUGAAAUGCCUGCUUUUUCAGAGCAUGGAUGACGGCGAUUAUGGACCGGCGGGAGUGUACGGGAGCUUCCAGCAACAGAAUGUUCAAGUUGUUUAUGAUCUGCAGAACGAAAGAAUAGGGUUUCGGCCAAUGGAUUGUGCUUCAGCUGCAGCUUCUCAAGGGCUUCAUAAAAAAUAA